AUGUGGCUUAUUACUCCGGAGGUAGCGAAUUUCAGCACUCAGAAGUUCCGAACCGUCACUAUCUCCCCUGACGAAGACGGGUGCCUCUCUUCGCCGGCCGUCGCUAUGGUUCACGGUUACCAUGUCGCUCCACCACCGUCUUCGGUCACUUUCGACGAUUUGCUAUUAGGCCCGACUGUGGAGACUAGAGACUAUCACGGCUCGCCUCCUGCGUGUAUGGGGCCACUGCGAUUCACUGGAAGACGGGUUCGUCAUGCUUCUCAUAAUCAGAAGAAUCAGCAGCACGAGUUCGAGCCUGAGAAAACUAAUGCUUCUUCUUCUCAGUGGGAUGCUAAUGGGCUUAUUGGUUUGCCUGAUUUGGGUCUUGGAGGCAAGCAAAAGAGUUUUGCUGAUAUCUUUCAGUUUUUGGCACGCCUGGUCGCGUCGGAGAUGGUUCGUCUGUACAGCACCGAAAUGGAACCUCAGCUGUCUCCAGAUCUUAUUAAGAUAAUGGAUCAGAGACUAUCGUCGAUAGAACACCGAAAUGCUGUUCUUCAGAGGCUUAUUAACUAG